AUGAGCAGCGGUGCUGAAACGGAGGAUGUAAUGCUAGCCAGGCAUAAGAAGGAGGUCAAAGACCUGGUCGGACGUACAACGGGAAUGAAGAAACAGGCAAACAAAAACACGCGUAAGAAUAUUCUCAAGCAGAUCAAAGGGUUGGAAGACGAGCUAGCGCAAAAGCACGAGCAGGAGCUAAAAGAACUGCAUGGCGAAAUUGCAGGAAUUCAAGUUGAUGAAGGCGUUAAGGAUGAAGGUGAUGAUGAUGAAGAUGAAUUGACACCUGAAAAAUUAUUAGCUCAGUUGGAACUUGGCAACAAAGAAAGUGAACCGAAAGCGAGUGAGAUAACAGAAAAAGAAAUUAACACCGAAGAAGGAAGUGGGUCUCAGAAGAAGAAGAGAAACAGAAGAAAGGAGAAGUUGGCGCAACGAGAAGCAGAGAUGAAACGAAUACAGAAAGAAGCUAGAGAAGAGCAAGGCCAGAAACCGGAUCUACGAAGCAUAGAGUUAAAGAACAUAAAGGACUUAUGUGAUAUACAGCAUGUGGUUCAAUACGAUAUUACCCCCGACGGGCACUGUUUAUUUGCUUCGAUUGCUGAUCAGCUGAAGAUUCGCCAAGGUACAGACGUCGGUAUUAAGCAGUUGCGUAAAAGUGCAGCUGAUUACAUCAAGGAACAUCCUGACGAUUUCACACCUUUUCUUUUUGAUGAGGAAACCAUGUCUUUAAAAAACAUUGAUGAAUACGUCAACAAGCUCGAAAAUACUGCGAUGUGGGGCGGAGAUCUGGAGAUUCUUGCUAUAUCCAAAGUUUUCGACUCCCCUAUAUCAGUGAUGAUGAGUGGCAGAGCUGCAUUACACAUGAACGAAGCUGGGUCCAACCCAGAGCUCAAAUUAGUUUACUACCAGCAUGCCUUCGGAUUGGGAGAGCAUUAUAAUUCUUUGCACGAUGCAUGA